UGCCAGGCGUGCAAAGCAAAGCGACAUUUUUUCAGGCGGUAGCUUUGGACAGCCCUGGGUGGGGUCCUGGGGAGAGAAGCAAAAUGGCUGCGUCCAUGGUGGAGAAGCUCGGGGCAGCGAGGCAGCGGCUGUGCGGCUCCUGGAAGGUCUGGUUGCCCGGGUAAGAGAAACGGGGGACCGACGGGGUGGGAGAGGCUCCAGGAGAGCGGCUGGGAGGAUUUGGAUCGAUCUUGUGGAAUGCAGAUUGCUCGUAUCUGAGAACUGAGCUCGCACCCUGUUAUCACUCCCUAGACUAGAGCAUCCUGGGUUACCCUUGCUGCGCCUCCAAUGAGUCGCAGUAUUGGGGAGAGAUUUGUCUAACGAAUAUGUCUAGUUGAGAGAAUCAACUGCAAUACGGAGCGGCAGAAUAGAACGGCAGAUAGCAUGCCCUUUAAAAGUACACCCGUGUUUAUGGUCCACGCCUCCUAGGAGAACAAGAAAUCUCAUUUGAAAGAAAAGCUUUAUAGAAACCAAGAGAAUAUGUGCAUGUAUUGACACUCUAUGCCCGUUUAAAAUGUGGCUCUUUUUGGGGGGGGGUGUUAUUGGGUUGUUGUUUUUAUUUUGAUUAUAUAUAGAGAGAGAGUGAGUGUGUUUUUUAUGUUGAUAUUUUCUGUGAACCACCCUGAGACCUCCGGGUAUAGGGUGGUAUAUAAUUUUUUUAAUUUUUUUUUUAGGUCUUGUCUUUUAUAUAGCUCAGAUCUGUUAAUUCACAAUACUGUUGAGUUUUCAUUGUGAAAACAGCCCUCCCAAAGUUGACUUCUGUAUUUUCAAUUGGCAUGUUUAUGUGACUUGCUAUCAGAAGAGUUGUUUGUGGUGGACCUGCCAUGUCCCUCUUUAGGAAAGAAAGGGAAUAAUUUUGUACGUUAUCCACAUCUGCAUACUAAUAUGAUAGAUGUUGGGAUAUGGGCGAGCAUUGCAGGGUCUUUUGGACUGUAGUAUCUGGGGCACAUUAUUCAAGCCAACAACAUUGACUAGCACAAACCUGAAUCAUAGAAUUGUAGAGUGGGAAGGAAAUUUCUCAUUUUGUCAGGGCCUAGAAUUCUGCUUAGCCCAAGAUGCCACCAACGAACAAAACAAAAACAAAAAACUGUAUAAUUUCCUUAGUGUAAUACUCACUUAAGAUAUGUCAGAUCAGUGUGAAAUGUACCAAUGAGAACUAUCUUCCUCUUACUCCAUACUAGCAUUGUGACAUGGAGUUUAAUCUGUCAAAAACAUUCAUAGAAUGGGUUGAAAAAAGCUGCUUGUAACUACAUUCUAGCUAUCCUGACAAUGAAUAUGAAACUGAACUGUCUGAUCCUAUGUAGAAGCAGGUGUAUCUAAGCCCAAUGGAUUUGGGUUACAGAAUUGGAUAUGGGAAUAGGAUUUGCAUGUAGAAUAGUUUCACUUCUUCAGAUUGAAAAUAUUUGUGUAACAUUCUUUUUCUGCUUUUCGUAUCCUUUGUAGGCUGACUCAGGUCAGAUGGAGCCGAUACAGUCCUGUUUAUCUUGAACCAGAAGUGAACAAAGAAGUGUAUCAUAAACUUCCAGAACAAAUAUCAGAUGAGGAAAAAGCCAAACUGGAACUCAAAAAAGUCAGACCUAUAAAAGCCACCGCUUCCAAUGUCACCAGCUCUGUAUUCUAUGAUCCAUUGAUCAGGUUUGAAUGCUGCCAUAUUUGACUGAAUCUAGUCCUUUUGUCUAUGUCUAUCACUUAACAAAGAAAUCUAAUUAAUUCAUAGAGUAAUGUAGUUGGCCAAAGUAUAUUGGAUAGUUGAAAUAGCCAGGGAGUACAGCAUUGUUAUCAAAAUGUCCUAAAGUACUGGGGCUUAAUGGGUAGUGAUUUAUUAUAAAAUAGACGAGUCUGGAAUACUCCUGCUGGCUGCUGUUGGACACAGGAUGCUAGGUCUGAACUGUGUUCUGACUUUCUUACUUUCUGUUCUGACCGUGUUCUGACGGUUCUUACUUUCUUUGCCAGUUAGGGCUAUAGGCUGUUUGUACUGGUUUGCUUUCAUCACCAAGUACCACCAUGUGGGGAAGAAAGAUUUGGCACCUUUACCAGAGGGCACUGUGGGGAAGCAGAAACAUAGAUGUGCUGGGUUGAAGAACCACCCAUUCCAGAUGUCACUGUCUGUUUCUGAAUUGGGUGCUGCUGCCACCCAUCAGCAGCCACAUGCCUGCACGAUGCCCUGUUGUGAUGUAGAAGUAAGGAUAUUGUGUAACAGCACUCAGUGGCAGAAGCAGCAAAUUGCCACCGAUCUCUUAAUCUUCCUCUCUAGGAAUGUGCCAGGUGAAUCGAAGGCAUAUAAUGAGAAACUGAUACUUUCCCCAAAAAACUCCAUAAAUGUUGGAAUGCUUGGUCAGUGUAAUGGCAAAGUUUCAUUGCAGGGAUCUUAUGCUGAUAACAGGAAUGCCAUUUGUUUUCUCAUUACAGCAAAUUCACUAGCAUGAUGAUGAAGGGAGGAAAUAAAAUUUUGGCCCGAAACAUCAUAAAUCAGGUAAGUUAACUUCUCAGGUUUCUGCUACUUUUCUCCCACUCCACCCCCACAUUAAUGUCAACGUGGCAAAGAGUAUUCCCAUUUUGAAGGCCAUAUAUAGAAAGUCCCUUCCUUAGUCCUUUCAUCCUUGUUCUCAUUUUCUGCAUCUCCACAGCUCUUGAAUCUCCCUCCUGUUAGAGGCCUUGCAAACAGAAUGACAAAUCUGUCACAGAUUAUAUGUCACCUCUGUCAUUCCUUAUGGAAAGGGGAAGUGCUAUAGGUCUGCAGUUAUUGUUGAAAUUUGUUUUUCAGCCUUAAAUUCAGACCAGGAACUUUCAGCUUUCUUUAAGGGCCCUUGGGUUAGUUAUAACAUUUUUUAAAAAUUGCAGAAAAUGUCUGCUAGUGGCUCUGAGGCUUGAGAGUGUCUGGGCCAGAUUUCCAAUAGUCAUGAAGGAAUUUUAUUUAUUUAUAAAUUGAACUCUUGACUGAAGGCAAGGGUAACAUGCUGGGGUUGUGUCAAUAUUAUUGCUAAUGGAGUUUUUCACAAGUGGUUUUUUCCCCUCAAUUAAGACUUUAGAAGCAAUCAAGAGGAAGCAGCUUGAGAAGUACCAUAAAGCGGAAGAGAAGGAAAAAGAAAACAUUGAGUGCAAUCCAUAUACUAUCUUCCACCAGGCACUGAGCAACUGCCAGCCUGUCAUUGGGCUGAUGACUGUCCAGAAAGGAGGCAAAAACUACCAGGUAAGCAAGAAACUAAAACUAUGGUGAUAUGAUGAUCUAGUGCAGGCAAGAGGAACCUUCGGCCUCCAGAUGUUGUUCAACUACAACUCCUAUCAUCCCUCAUGAUAGGCUAUGCUUGUUGGGGUUGAUGGAAGUUGUUCAGCAACAUCUGGAGGGCAAAAAGUUUCCUCAUGCUUAAUCUAAAGCAGCCCUGGAUUGUUGGCUUAUCUUUUCCCCAAAGUAGAACCAUUCCUAUCAUUAAGUAUCCAUAGUAGUCCACAGUUCCAGGGACUUCAGCUUCCACCCAUGUAGCCUCAGUUUCGGACUUUGCUCUGUUGCAGUUGGCAGUGAAACAAAAUAAACUUUAUUACUUGCGCUGGUUUCAUUUAUUUUGAUAGGAACAUUCUAUAGCAUAAUCAGCCCCUUGGUAUUUUUCUUUUGAAUCGCUUUGAAACUUGUAUUAUGUGAUCUCCAGCGACCUGUAAUAUCCUGCCUAUACGUGAACUUGAAACUUCUUGAGAACAUCAGGUUUUAGUUUGAAAAGCUUAAAAGGUUGCUGAAAAAAUAUUGGAAAUGGGUUCUAAAAGGUUCAGCAACCAGAGGGUACAAGAUAGGGACAGAAACCAAUAAGCAGAGUGGAGUGUCCACCUCUAGGAGCUCACUUGCUGUGUUAUGAAAGGACUAUUGUUAGCUAUUUUAUUUAUUUAACGCUAGGAGCAGGGAAGGUGCUUGCAGGAUUUUCUGCCUCAAGUGCCACAAUAACUUGAUUGGCCUGGGGUACUAUAUAAUUUGAUUUUGUGGGGAGGGAACCUUUUGCUGCACUGCCUCAGGCAGCAAAAUGCCUUAGAUAGGCCAGCCCCACUGAGUGCCUUCAAACCAUUUCUUGUUUUGCAACUUUUGCUCGCCAACUUGGCAGCCUUGAUUUUCCCGCUGAAGUUGUUAUCUAAAAAUAUCCAAAAGUUUUGCAAGUCAAAUAAACACAUUCAGGGUACUUAAGUGCUCCUAAUUCUGUGCUAAAUAAAUUCUAUUUAUUUUAGAUUUUAUACCACCCUCCAUCAUAAGAUCUCAGGGCGGCUCGCAGAACAGAAUACAGGAUAAAAACAGUAUGAAUUCAGUAUAAAGUUAUGUUAAUCUCUGAUGGGGUUUGUUUGUUUUUGCCUCUUGCAGGUCCCAACCCCUUUGUCAGACAACCGCCGACGCUUUUUAGCCAUGAAGUGGCUGCUCAGGGAAUGCAGGGAAAACAAACACAGGCGGACAUUUAUGUACCAAAAGCUUUCCGAAGAGCUUCUGGCUGCCUUCAGCAAUGAAGGACCUAUCAUAAAGAAAAAGCAUGAGUUGCACAAGAUAGCAGAGUCUAACCGAGCCUUUGCUCACUACCGGUGGUGGUAGAGAAUGGCAGCUGCAGCAUGUGAGGUCUGAGACUUUGCUACAAGACAAGGAAGGGAAAUAUAUCCCAUAUGCCUUCCUUUGCAUACCACCAGCCUGGAAGGGCGAUAAUCCGGUUUCUCAACUGGCUCUUUGAAAAAAGAAACAACCUGAAGAAAAUCUUAGCCGAAAUAAAAUGCUUCAUUUUUCUGACUUGCAUAAAUUAAAAAUCCUGUUUACUCCAUUUUCAGGUGACCUUGUCAGUACUGGGUCCUGUGUAUAUGCAUCUUGGUUUCUCUAGUCUCUUUUGAGACAGAGGGUUUUGUUCACAAUACAGAAUGACCUAGUUAGCAUCAAAGCAGUCUUCAGGGGGAUUGUAAAAGAGGUUACAAUUCUGUACUCCUCAGCAGUGGCUUUUGGCAGCAUGAUAGGCUGAAGUAGAACCAGGCUGAAAAUUAAGUUGUAAAAGACUGAAACUACAUCCUGGUUUUCUCCCUGUAUGUUUCGUGAAUGGUCUUUCUCUACAGUGCCUUUGUGCCAUUGGUUAGUCGACACUGGCAUGUGAGAAUGAACGAACAACUAGGUUAAAACUGAUCUCACUUAAAGUGUGCUUAGCUUCAAUAUGUGGUAUGAAUAGCUUUCCUUUGGCUUGAUUAACACAUGCCUAUUCAUCACAUGCUUAAAAGUUUUAUUUGCAGUAUCUUACCUAAGAUGGCCCAUAGAAUUAUGUUAGCCAUCAUUUGAUGUUGCAGUCAUCAAAUAAGGAACAUACAUGAGAGAACAGCCCUUAGAGGAAGCCAUUUCCAAAGAACAGCCUCUGUAUACAUCAUAAAGCAUCCUUGCAAAUAAAUUCACAAAAGUUAGCUCCCCCCCCAUUUUUUUUUUACUAGCUCCCCUGACUCCAUAAUACAUAUUCUGACCUAGAAAAAAGAAAGCGAAAGAACCAACUUUGAUAAAAACCUCUGCCAGGUCACCUAGAGACAAUUCUUGUUUGCCAUAAGCAACUAGACAAGUGAUUAUUUAUAACUCUGCUAUUAAACAGCUUUCUGUUUGAUGGAAGGCAACGAGAGACUAUAUGCAGAAGUGUAAAAUGUUUAUUUUUAAAAGUUCCAAAGAGAACCAAUCUUAACAAAUGUACAAUACUGUUGUUCAAAGUCGCUGUUGUAUAAAAGUUACAAAAUCAGUUUCUAGCUACAUGUUCCCAAGGGAAUAAUUCUGCUGUGGAGUGAGGCUUUUGAACAGUGUUGGCUUCACACCUCCUGCAGGGAGAAGGCACUGCCUUUAGCUGUUAGCUACACCUGAGCUGGCCAGCAGUUGGGAAGAAAGGAGUAAGAGCAUAUUGAGGGCUGCAGGUUAGAAAGCAAUUGAGCAUCCUUCUCCUGCAGCUACGGAAGAAUCAAUAUACUCAUGAAAGCAUCCUGUUAGAAAAGAAAGUGCUGGUUAAGUGUCAGGGUUUGGACCCUAGCAUGCUGUUUCAAAAAUAUUAAGCAGCACACAUGGAGCCAAUAACUGGGCACCAAUCUUUACAAUACUCUUGUGACUAAGCCACACCACAGUUAUGAAUUUGUCCCCUGACCUCAGGAGAGCAUUGUGUACAUAAUAAGAGCCCUGUUGGAUCAGAUCACAGUCCUAUCCAGUCCAGAAUUCUGUUCCCAUGUGCGGCCAAUUGGCUGCCUAUGCAAAGCCCAUAAGCAUGAAAUGGAUCAUGAUAGCACUCUCCCCUCUUGUAUUCCUCUGCAACUGGUAUUCCGAGGCAAUAAAUAGCCAUCAUGGCUAGUAACCACUGUCAGCUUUACCAUGAAUGAGCCUAAUCCCUUCUUAAAUACAUCCAGGUUGGCACAUCUUUGGGUAGGGAAUUCCAUAAUUUAUGUACUGUGUGAAGGAAGCCUUCGUUUUGUCUGUCCUGCCUCUCAUACCCUUUAGUUUCUUUGGGUGACCCUGGGUUGUAGUAUUACGUAGCCUCUUUAAAAAUCUAAAACCCUAAGCAAAUUUAACAGGGCUGUUAUGCAGCCUAUAAGCAGAGAGAAAGACUGCCCCUCUCCCAAUCCUAAAUAUAUUUUCUUGGAAAUAAGGCCCCUUGAUUCUGAUAGCAUAUACUUCCACGCUAAGUGAGACGCAAUCAACCCAGCAAAGGCCUCCUGGGGUUGUCUUAUUCCAGACUGCCGGUUGGGGGUGACAUGACUUUAUGCUCUUCUUCAAAAAACACCUUGCUUUUGCAAUGCUAGCAUGGCAAAGAGAAGGGUUCCAGGCUUGCCCUGCCAUGCUACUUUGUGUGUUCAGGGAGGGGUAGUCUAAUUGCAUCAGGGAGCAUUUUAAAGCAGUCCAGUUCUGAACCACCUAUCAAUGAAAUUGGUGUUAUACACCUAGAAUUGUCGCUUCCAGGUGUAUUAUUUUCCUAUGACAAAGGAAAGGGAAUAAAGCAGACCUCAUUUUUCAAAUUGCACCAUUGUUUGCGAGAACAAUGCAUACUGUUUUUAAUACUAAUCUGUCACAAAAGUAUUUCCACCCCUGCGUGCAUGCUUGUGCCUUUAAAAAAAAACAAGGAGUAGGACAAAAAAAAAGAGAAAGUCUCUGUUGUAGGUUGUUAAUAGAACUAGUACCUGAACGAGCCACCUUUCUUUGAUUUCAGAACAGUGGUAAAGUUUCUGAUAUCCCUCGUGCCUCAUAGUGACUGCAUGUAAACAGAGAGCAAACGAGGCUCCUGAAAGCAUCCAAAAUGGGUUUACAAGGCAGGAAAUUGAAAUGCCAUGCUUGGGCUUUGAUUACAGAAUCACCUUCUCAACCAAAGGGCAAACAGAACAGCUAUGGAACAGAGCAUAAAAUAACAAACUGCCACAUGCUGCAGAGGGAGACAGAUUCUUAGGCUUAGUGUGCUUUUGGAGUAAAUAAUGUUAUCACCAGGCUGGUUUUAAACCAUAGCCUUUUUUGUUUUAAGGCUGAAUACAUUAAAAUUAGCAUAUAAAAGUAAGCUCGGAGAGAACUACCCUGUGUCAAAUGUCAGUCCAGCUUGCGGCAGUGAUUAAUACAGGUUCCUAUUUAGUGCAACACGAUGGGAGCGGCAGUGGCAGAAUGUGACCCUUUUCUCCUCUCCCAGCUCCCCAAUUUCAGCCAGCGCAAAAGAUCUAUCGAGGGAGCAAGUUAUACAUUCUAUAUACAAAAAGUGCUAGGGUUCAGGUGGAGGGGAGGGGAGGGAAGUAUUAAAAAUAAUUGCAGCUUUGUUGUUGUUAUGUGAAGUUUGCUGGUGCAAAGGUUCAGAAUGGAAAUUCAAACUCUGGCUUUGGGCAGCAUGAGCCAGGGUGAGCAACUGGCUGCUCAGUCUGCGACCUCACUGUAAUAGUACUUCUGGGCUGCAUCUGUCAUUUUCCAGUCAGCAGCCCGGAACUCAAUGAUCUCAAGCAAGAGUAGCUGGGAAAGGGAGGUAAGGCCCUCCUGCAGGAGGAAACCGUCUCGCAGGAGGGAAAAAAGCUCAUCCAUCCUCUGGGUGUUCAUCUUCUCAAGUUGUUCACCAAUGCGGUGUAGCUGCAACACCAGACAGUCCACCUUAAUGGAAGGAAAUGAAAAUGCUUCUGUUAAGAAUCGGAGUAGUUGGGUAAAGGGGGUGGGGUGGGGAGUGUGUGCUGCACAGAAAUGUCUCAUGUUGGCAUCUUGGCACUAAAUCAGAAGAGAAGGGAAAAAAUAAAGUAGGCUGCUAAACCGAACCUUGGGCUGCUGUUUUUUUGUGAUUUACUGCAUUUUGGUUGUGUUCUUUAGAUGUCCUUUUAUUUCUUGUCUAUGACUACUUUUGUUAUAUUUGUAAUUAACUAUUGUUUUCGUGCUGCAAGAUGCCUUGAGCAUGGUUUUAAUUAUGGAGAGGCAGCAUGCAAAUAAAAUGAUGGUUGGGUGGAUGCAGUAUUUUUUUCCUUAAAAAAAAAUCUUUAGGGGUACUCUCACUUUGACUCAAGGAAAUCACCAUUUUAUCGUUCAAAUCGGGGAAAAUAUAUUCAGUAAAUGGACAAAAGUAUAAAGAUUCACAAAAUGUUUAGGGGGAUGCGCCCCCCCCCCCCCAGAAAAAAGCACUGGGUGGAUGUGUGUAGAAACUAGCCUACUAUACAAAGGGAAAAUUUGCAUUCAUUGCUCCAGGCUGAAAAAAGAUUCCCACCCCUGGCCUAAAAGUUGUCCACCUUCCAAUCCUCUUUACCAGGUGUGUUCUCACAGGACAGCAACCUGCUUUUGUCCCCACUGUGCUCUGAGAAUACUCACCUCUUCCUCUUUCCGCAGGCUUUCUGGCUGCGCCAGUCGGAACAGGCAGUCAUAAACUGGGUUCACCAGUGCCAUCAUUGGCAUGUUAUUGACCUGUGAAAUAGGUGCACUUGUCAACUAUCGCUCAGAAUCAUUAUGGAAUCGUUAGAGAGCCCCUCCCUGUGUGUGUGUCUUAAAAAUCCCAGAAAGGUAGCUGUGUGUGCUAAGUCUCUUGAAACAAGAACAACCAAGAGCAUCUGUGGCACCUUAAGAAAACUGUCACAAAUGUACUGUGGCACAGCCUAGAGCCCUUUUGCAUCAGAUGCAUGAUUCUUUGACAUCCCAUCAGAUGUCAAGGAAAUAAAGAACUAUCCGACUUUUAGAAGACAUCUGAAGGCAACUCUGUUUAGGGAAGUUUUUAAUGUGUGACACUUUAAUGUAUUUUUAAUCUUUGUUGGAAGCCGCCCAGAGUGGCUGGGGAAAACCAGCCAGAUGGGUGGGGUAGAAAUAAUAAAUUAUUAUUAUUCAAAUUAUUAUAACAGGAAGGACCAAACUGCAAGGACCCCCAUGGCAGGCUGCUUCUAAAAGCUGUCCUGCUGCUACAUCUAGACCAUGAACCUUCCGGACUGCAAGAAGAAUUUCUGUACAAGUGACAUAUGCAAAGACCACCCUGUUGCACUCAUUUGAAUUAAGGCCUCCUGCAGCAGCCCCAGUCAUUUCAGGUGAGUGCCCCAGAUGUGGAAUGCUUUUCCCACAGAGGUUGCCAGGCACUCACCUUAUCAUCCUUUGGGUGCCAGGCAAAUGCCUUUUUAUUUCCCCCAAGUAUUUUAGAUGCACAUUUAAUUCCGUUCAAUGUUUUAUGCUGCAUUUUUCAAUCUUGCUGGAUUGAAUGGCAGCAUUAAAACAAAAACAAAACACAAGCCUAAACACAACCACAUUCCCUCAUUGUGAGAGCAGCACAUGAACUAGCCCCAGGUCUGGAUAAUACAGUGGACGCUUGGGUUGUGAACGUGGUCCGUGUGUGAUGCACGUUCACAACCUGUAUCUGCGCAUGCGUGGGUUGCGAUUUGUUGCUUCUGUGCAUGCGUAAAGCGCAAUUUAGCACUUCUGCGCUUGCGCGACCGUCGAAACCCGGAAGUAACCCGUUCCGGUACUUCCGGGUUUCGGCACAUCCGUAACCUGAAAAAACGCAACCUGAAGCGUCUGUAACCUAAGGUAUGACUGUACACCAGUUCUGAAGUUUGGUCUUACCCUCAGGUAAUCAAAGAUGUUACAGAUAAAAGUGACAUAGCAGAUCCAGGCCUGGAGGGAGCGGGCUCGCAGUUCAUCCCGGUCUUUAUACUCCUGCUGAAGUCGGUUGAGGAGCCCCCGCCGAAAGACACUCUGGCCCACCUGUUUGCUCUCCGCCUGCGACAAAGGCAAAGAGGUGAAGCGCCAGAAGGAUGCUGUGUGCAAUCUCAGCUGUGGCAGCAGGCUGUCUGGGCUUAUCUCUCUCUCUCUUUCUCUUCCUCUCUCAUGCUUCAAAACACACCACCGUGCAGAAAAAGUUCUGGCACGAUGAAGCAGGAGCCUAUAGGUGCAAAAAAGUUCAGAGGGGAGGCAAAACUGAGACAGGUCACUAAUGGGAGUUUUGCUCACCACGUCUGGUCUGGAGUUGAAGGGAUAGAUUCACCUUCUUGCCCUCUCACAGCUGGGCUGGACACCCAAAAUAUUCAGCAGGGCAGGCCAAACCAAGCUCCAUCUGCAGGAAAGGAAGCAUGGCUGGUGGUAGAGCCAAAGUGAACAGCAUGCACAUCUAGAAUGGCUUUUAUGCAACCUACAGGCUCCUUUUGUAUAUCCCUAACAGACAUAUACACACACACACAUAUAUGCUUAUGUAUGUGUGUGUAUACACACAUGCACACACACAUGCACAAGUUUUCCCGAAGCCUCUCCACUAUGUUUUCUUGGGAAAGCUCCCCAGCCCUCUGGACUUGUAGAAAAUUUUAUUUCAUGUUGGGUUCUUGCUUUAACAAAAAAUCAAUAAUGAUGCAGUAAUGUCGUUUCCCUCUGAUCUCACCCACCUACAUCUCAUCCUUGCACCAACCAUGCUGGAUAUACAAAACAAGAAAAGCAGAAAAGAGGGCAGGAACAUCUAAACAAAAACUGGCUAGAAGAUGGUGAGAUGCAUUUUUUAAAUCACUUGCAGCAAUGUUGGCCUCCCCAUGCAAGACCACUUAGAUCAUCUGGAAACUUUACCAACGGCACCACACCCUACAAAGUAUCACUGGGGGGUGAUCCCAAGAGGGUGAAUUUCUACUGCUGCCCCAACAUUUUUGAAUACCUUCCCUCUGCCAUAUAUGAAGCAUCAUCAGUUAUUCGCUUCAGAUGUCUAGUAAAGAUGUAUCUUCUCAUGCAUGCUUUCACUGCUCUGUAAGAUUGGAUCCUUAUAUCUGGAUUUCUGUUUUUAUCGCAUUGUUUUAUUUUGUGUUUUUUUUGUUUCUUAUACAUGGCUUAGAUUUUUUUUUUUUAAUUGUUUAGAAAUACUUUUAAAUAAAACAGCGUAUAUGAAUAGUAUGUUAUUUAUAUGCAAAUAAAAUUUCCAGAAUAGUUGCAUAU